AUGGGCGCGGGGCCCCCCGACGGCGGCUGGGGCUGGGUGGUGCUGGCCGCCUGCUUCGUGAUCACCGGCUUCGCCUACGCCUUCCCCAAGGCCGUCAGCGUCUUCUGCGCGCUCAUGCGCGACUUCGGCGCGGGCUACAGCGACGCCGCCUGGGUGUCGUCCAUCAUGCUGGCCAUGCUCUACGGCACGGGCCCCGUGUCCAGCAUGCUGGUGACCCGCUUCGGCUGCCGCCCCGUCAUGCUGGUGGGCGGGCUGCUGGCCGCGGCCGGCCUCGCGCUCGCCUCCUUCGCCACGCGCCUCCUGGAGCUCUACCUGACGGCCGGCGUGCUCACAGGCCUGGGCCUGGCCCUCAACUUCCAGCCGUCGCUCAUCAUGCUGGGGCUGUACUUCGAGCGCCGGCGCCCGCUGGCCAACGGGCUGGCGGCGGCGGGCAGCCCCGUGUUCCUGUCGGCGCUGUCGCCGCUCGGGCAGCUGCUGCUCGAGCGCUUCGGCUGGCGCGGCGGCUUCCUGCUGUUCGGCGGCCUCCUGCUGCACUGCUGCGCCUGCGGGGCCGUCAUGCGGCCGCCGGGGCCCGCGCGGCCCGCGCCCAGCGCGGCGGGGGCGGGGGCGGGGGCGGGGGCGGAGGAGGCGGCGGACGGCGCGGGUCCGCGCCUGCGCGGGGCGCCCCCCGGCCCCCGGGGGACCCCGCGCCGCCGCCUGCUGGACGUGGCCGUGUGCACCGACCGCGCCUUCCUCGUGUACGUGAUCACCAAGUUCCUGAUGGCGCUCGGCCUCUUCGUGCCCGCCAUCCUGCUGGUGAACUACGCCAAGGACUCGGGCGUGCCCGACUCCGAGGCCGCCUUCCUGCUGUCCAUCGUGGGCUUCGUGGACAUCGUGGCGCGGCCGGCGUGCGGGGCCCUGGCGGGCCUGGCGCGCCUGCGGCCCCACGUGCCCUACCUCUUCAGCCUGGCCCUGCUGGCCAACGGGCUCACCGACCUGAGCAGCGCGCACGCGCGCUCCUACGGCGCCCUCGUGGCCUUCUGCGUCGCCUUCGGCCUCUCGUACGGCAUGGUGGGCGCGCUGCAGUUCGAGGUGCUCAUGGCCACCGUGGGCGCGCCCCGCUUCCCCAGCGCGCUCGGCCUGGUGCUGCUCGUGGAGGCCGUGGCGGUGCUCAUCGGACCGCCCUCCGCCGGCCGCCUGGUGGAUGCACUGAAGAACUACGCCAUCAUCUUCUACCUGGCCGGCUCCGAGGUGGCCCUGGCGGGGAUCUUCAUGGCCGCCGCCACCUUCUGCUGCCUUCGACGCCGCGCUCAGGACGCCCCGGCCCGCCCGGCCUCCGAGGGCGAGGGCGGCGCCAGCGACGCGGAGGAGGCCGAGGCCGAGGCCCAGGCCGACCCGGAGCCGCCGCCGGCUGACGCCGAGGCGCUGAGCCCGCUCGCCGGGUCCCCGGAGGCCGAGGCGGAGGCCAGGCCGAGCCUGGAGGCGCCCGUGUAG